CUAUUCGAUCUACAGGGGAGCGGAGUCGCUUCGUGGCCGCCAGCCCAGGAAGGGGCGUCAGCCAGCUGGCGGAUACACAGCUUUAGAGGGGCGUCUUGAACAGAGAGAGGUUUGGGGCUCGUAUGUGCGCAAUAAGCUUGGGAGAGUGCGCUGGUGGCACAAAGAACGUGUGCCCAGGGUUAGAAGAGGAGAUCCCGAGGCUUUGGUUUCUUCUUUUCGCUCUCCAAUUGUGCUUUUCGGGAGGGAUCCCUCAGCCAGCUCCGUAGGCAUCAUCGCCCCUUCGAAACUACACUUCCCAGAAGGCUAUGCGAGAGUGAGGAGGCGGUGGUGGCAGGAGACCUGAGCUGCGCUUGCGCACAGGGUGAGCUGGAAAGGUAGGGGCAGAGGGAGGCGUGCCCCCGGCGGGGCAUGGGGGGAGGGGGCCGCGCGGCGGCGGCGCCGGGGCGGGCGCGCGUCCGUGGCGGUGAUGGCGGUGCGUGAACGCGCGGCGGCAGCAAUGGCCGCUCUGGAGCGGCGGGUGCCGAGUCUCGAUGACUUCGCGGGACAGAGCUGGAGCUCAUGGGUGGAGCGGGCCGACCUGCCUACGGCCGACGAAACUGAGGUACAAGGGCAACCCCUGGACAAAGCCCCCCUAAGAAGGGGAGGGGCUUGCGUAGCUGAUCAAGGAGACUUUGAAGAUGCCAAAGGGCCCAAAGACAGCAGUUUCUCUACUCUAUGGCCAUCCUAUCAGUGCAGGACCUGAGAAGCUGAGUGUAACUUUGAUGAUACUAUGGGGCUGAGCUGGAGGAGAGUAGCAAAAACACAAAGAAGUUGGAUGCCAUGACCCUCAUUAAAGAAGACAUGUCCAUCUUCGGGCACUGCCCUGCCCAUGAUGACUUCUAUUUGGUUGUGUGUAACCACUGCAGCCAGGUGGUGAAGCCUCAAGCCUUCCAGAAGCACUGCGAAAGAAGACAUGGGCCCCUCAGCAAGCUUUAUGCCCGGGCCCCACCCCCACCUCCAGCCCCUGCCAGCUCUCAGAAAUGCCAUGUAGUGAAUGGGCAGGGCCCAGCUUGUAGAGCCCCAGGUUCCACCAAAACCUCCUCCAGGGAGAAGGGCCAGGGGUCCCGGAGCCGUGGCCACCAGCCUCCUGAGAAGACCCAGAAGGACAACCUUUGCCUUUUCGUGCCUGUGGUGAAUCUGGAGAAGAUGUCCAGUCUCCCGAAGCCUGAUGGACAUGGAAUCAGGGUGGCCCCACCCUCUGCUUUCCUCAGUCAGCCAGGAGGCCUCCCCAAGGAUUCCCCUGGAAAAGUCCCCAUGGCUCCUCCUCCUAAAGAACCUCCUGGCAGAGAGAACAUGGAGUUGAUACCUGGUGAGGGCUGCAGCCACCGGGCCGAAGGCAGCCCCCCAGAGAAGGAGCCUGGUGGAGCCAGGCUGCCCCCCAAAACCCACCGAAAGAUGGCUCGAAAGGAGUUUGACCUCAACAGGCAGUGUGGGGUCAUAAAUCCAGAGACCAAAAAGAUCUGUACCCGCCUACUGACUUGCAAGAUCCACUCAGUGCAUCAGCGUCGGGAAGUCCAGGGCCGCGCCAAAGACUUUGAUGUGCUUGUGGCAGAACUGAAGGCCAACUCCCGCAAAGGAGAGUCUCCCAAGGAGAAGAGCCCAGGGCGCAAGGAGCCAGCUCUUGAGCGCCCCUCCCAGGAGCCUCCCUCUGUAGUCCAGGGUAUGGCAGCAGCAGCUGCUCUCAACAAUACCUUCUCUGCUCGCUCCAAGCAGAUCUACCCGUACUGUGCACUUCCCAGGUCCCGGGCCUCCUCUGAGAGUGAGUUAGAUGAUGAAGGUCCCUGUGGUGGUGGUGAUGGAGAUCCGGGCCUGUUCCCCUUCCCUCUGCCCCGGGGUGGCACCCAGGCCUCCAGUGAGGAGAGUGAAGAGGAGGGACUGUCUGAUGACCUCCACCUCUCCCCUGACUGCCAUUACACAACCCGGCCCCCAAGACCACAGGCGUUUUGCACCUUUGGAAGCCGACUGGUGAGCCCAGGAUGCUAUGUGUUUAGCCGCCGGCUGGACCGGUUCUGCUCAGCACUCAGCUCCAUGCUGGAACGGCACCUCAGCUCACACAUGUGGAAGAAGAUCCCGCCAGCGGCUGAACCUCCAUCCCAUCUUGUCAGUUCCCCUUUAUCUGAUCCCCUAAGCCCAUCCUCUAUGAGCAGCUGCCCCCGACUUCCAGGCCCAGCCCCCAGACCUGCCUGCCCAGCCUCCACACCCCCCACCAAGGACAGCCUUGUCUCUAGCUACCCUGCAGGCUCCCCCAGUGUAGCAGCUGCCUGCAGCCAGGCAGAGUGCAUGGGCGGUAGCCAAGCUAUCACCUCACCAUUACCUGCCAAUACACCAUCGCCGUCCUUCAGCAAGCUGCCACCAUCGAAAGCCAGCAAGUCAUCCAAAGGCAAGGAUGGAGCGGAGGUGGAAGCCCCUUCUCGAAAGCGGAAGUUGUCCCCUGGCCCUACCACUUUCAAACGGACCUGCAUCCUGGAGCCUGCUGGAAAAGGCAAACCCUCUGGCUGCCGGGGUCUCUCAGCCAAGACUAAAACAGCCCUGGGCAUGGGACUUAAUGGGACAGUGGGGCCAAGAGUGAAACGAGCAGGUCCCCUGGACUGUCGGGGGUCCCCUCAUUCAUCCCCUAUACCAGUCAAGGCUUCUCAGCUAGAGAACCGGGGCACAGCUGGAUACCCAGCCAAGGCCCUACCGACUAACUGCCUCUCUGAGGAUGAGGUAGCCAAGAAGCGGAAAAACCUGGCCACUUACUGCCGGCCAGUGAAGGCCAAGCACUGUCAGGCUGGUGCCCCUGCUGAUGCGGCUUGCUCUGUGCGUCGCAAGAAGCCAGGUCCAGCCCUGGCCUUUGAGGAGAAGUGCUCUACACUGAAGUCAAAAGCCCAUUAACAGGAAAGUGCCUGCCCACCGCAACGGAGCCGCCAGCACCUCCUCCCCUCCAGACCUGGGCUCCAGGCUGCUGUCGCUUUUUAUAACUUUAUAUUAUUUUUUUUAAGAAAAAAAAAAAACUCUUUAAAAUACCUCAAGACUGUCUCCCUGUUGUGUUGCUGCUAAGAAAAUAUAAAAAACCAAAAACAUAGAAAAGGAAGAAAAACAAUGUAGCAAAAUGAGUGUUUUACUGUUUCAAACCCUGAGAGGAUAGGCAGGCAGACUCCAGCAUGCACACAUGGGCACAUGCACACACAGUGCACAAAAAACAAGUUCGUGUCACUGGGCUCUUUCAAUAAGACGUGGCUCUGA